CGUUUUUCUUCGCAAUCGUCAUCCGCGUCUAAUCCUUCCGCGAGCGUAAUGAUACUGUUUUUGCAGCCGCGUCGACGCGCGUUUUCCUUUUGUGUAAUAGUUAUGUCGCGAUCAGCUGCCAGUCAUGUUUUUUGAAACGGCUCUACUGCGACUUCCCUGCACUCUCGGAUCAGACGUGCACGCACACGAGUUCAUUCACACACGCUCGCACAAAACUAGUGUGGAUGCUAAGAAAUAUGGCCAUCGGAGUCUCAUUGACAAUAUAGCUGUACGAUCACGAUGUGCGGAUUCUUCGCCGGCGUGCCUCAACGACCCGCGUGGUGUCAUACCGCUCUAGUCGCGGAGGCAAUCUGGUUUCCGGUGCUCUGGACUGACACUCUUUUCACAUCAAAAUGGCUCCGAAACCGAAGCCCACGGAGAAAGCAGCGGGUAAGGCCGCCGAGAAGAAGCCAGCAGCGGAGAAGAAGGCUGAGAAGAAGCCAGCAACCGCUGCUUCUUCGACUGCCAAAGUCACCAAGCCCUCUGAGAAGAAGCCUGCUCCAGCACCCGCAGCAGCCAAGAAGGUAGCAGCAGCAGCCAAGCCUGCAGCCAAGCCCGCAGCUAAGCCUGCAGCUAAGCCAGCCCAGAAAGCUGCCUCCAAGCCUGCGGCCGCCAAGCCCAAAAAGAAUGUCCAGGCUCAGAAGAAGACCCCUAAGGGAGGAAAGGCUGCUCAGCCUGUACAGAAGGCCCUCAAGGCCCAGAAAAAGAUCCUGAAGGGUGUCCAGGGAUCUCGUGUGAGGAAAAUCAGGACCUCUGUUCACUUCCACCGGCCAAAGACAUUCAGGCCACCAAGGAACCCCAAGUACCCACGCAAAUCUGUACCCAACAGGAAUCGCAUGGAUGCAGUCAACAUCAUCAAAUUCCCUCUGACGACUGAAGCAGCCAUGAAGAAGAUUGAAGACAACAACACUCUGGUGUUCAUUGUACAUACGCGUGCGAACAAAUACCACAUCAAGUCUUCAGUUAAGAAGCUGUACGACGUUGACGUCCUGAAAGUAAACACCCUCAUCAGGCCUGACGGCAAAAAGAAGGCUUACGUUCGCCUGACAAGAGAUUACGAUGCUCUUGACGUUGCCAACAAAAUCGGCAUCAUAUAAGUGUUUAUAAUCUACUUGUAUAAAAAUUAAAAAAAAUCACCUGAUAAAUAAAUCCUUUACAGGUA